AUGCUGAUGAAGGAAGUUAAUUUGAUCAAGAGACGCGACUCCUUCCACGAAACAGAAGAGCUCGAAAAGCGAGGCCGAUUCCAAAAUAAUCACAGUCCGCCGCCCUUCCUCGAAAAAGAGUCUUCUUCGCGGGCGAUCAUUCCAAACUCAGACUCGGAGUCGGAGCAAGACUCGGACGAAGACUCCCUUAUCGAGAUUUCUGACGGUUCUGAAGAAGAAGCGGAAAUGAACGAAGAAUGA